AUGGGCUCUCCUUUAAUCCGACAGAUAUGGACUGUGUGUGGUGUGUUCGCAAAUAUGUUGGCACAAGGGAUGGUGCUGAGCUAUUCCUCGUGCCUCCUUCCAGCUCUUCGGGAGCCGGAUUCAGCAAUAAAAGCUGAUCUUGAAACUGCUUCGUGGUUAGCAUCAUCUGUGGGCUUAUCGAGUAUGUUGGGUUUCCUAAUCUCAUCAUCAUUAAUGGAUCGUUUUGGCCGACGUAUUACCCACAUGUUGGUCAUUCUCCCAGGAAUCUCUGGUUGGCUUUUUAUUUACUUCUCUUACAACAUCCUAACUCUAAUGAUCGGAAGAAUUUUAGCAGGAAUCACUGCCGGUGCUACGGUUACGUUGGGGGCCAUUGUUAUUGGAGAAUACACUAGCCCAGAAGUCAGAGGAAUGUUCCUAAAUCUUAAAUCUGCGUCAGUAUGUUUAGGAAAUAUGGUUGUGCAUAUUUUAAACAAUUUCUUCAGUUGGAGAACUAUAGCUAUAAUUGGUUUAAUACCGCAAUUAGUAGCGCUAGUGAUUAUUUACACUUGGCAAGAGAGCCCAGCUUGGUUGGCGUCUAAAGGACAAUUUCAAAAAGCAAAAGAAACAUUCAUUUGGUUGAGGGGAUCAGAAGAGAGACAAAUAUUAGAGUUAUCAGAACUGUUUAAAACACAAGAGAUAAGUCUUUACAAAUUGAAAGAGGAAUCAACGGUAAUAAUUUUUCUGAAGGAGCUCCUAAAAAAAUUCACGAGGAAAGAUUUCGUCAAACCUAUAAUAAUUAUUGUAUUAACUGGGAUAUUGUCAGAAGCCUGUGGAAGACAUUUUUUUCCAGCGUAUGCUAUGCAAAUUAUUGAUUCUCUCAUUGGUGAUAAGACGCAAUCCUUCUAUUACACAUUAUCUAUUGACUUAAUAAUUAUGUCUAGUAUUAUAUCUUCAUCAAUUUUAGUUAAAGUAAUAAAUUUAAGAACAUUACUAUUCACUACAGGUAUUCCAGCUCUUGCUGUAUUAACAAGUGCUUGUCUUUAUUUGUUAUUAGUAUUCAAAGACUUGAUUUCUAAAGAUCGCCCAUGGAUACCGCUUUCAAUGUUUGUUAUAUUUUUUAUUUUAGUUAAUUUAUGUUGUACACCAAUACCUUAUAUUAUAUUAGGAGAAAUAUUACCUUUAAGUCACAGGAGUGUUGGUUCAUCAUUAUGUGGCCUAAUUUUAUCAUUGUUCUUAAUGAUAGCUUUAAAAAUGACUCCUUAUUUAUUGGAAAAUAUUAGCGUGCAUGGCACGUUUACAGUUUAUGGUGGAUUCGUAGCCAUAUCACUGUUGUUAUUAUAUUUUAUGUUGCCUGAAACUAAAAAUAAGACAUUGGUCGAAAUUGAAGAUUAUUUCAAUAAUGGUAAGUAUCAUAGUUAUAAUGAAACUGAUAAGGAUACUAAAAGGAAAAUGAUUAAUGAUUCUGAUAUGAGUUAA